GGCCGUGACUACGACGUACUUUUUACACCGGUGACCAUGUUCAGUCGGUUAAUAUGGCAAGCCCUAAUAAUAUAAUACUACAAUUCGUAUAAUAAAAAACAUCAAUUUGUUUUGUGUUUCUUUUGUGAACAUAACCUAAAAUGGAAAGUAUAUACCCGAGACGAAUUCCUAUGCUGGGAAAUCUCACUGGAACAGGAUGGACAGUAGCCAGUCAAGAGAGUAUAUUAUCUCUUAUCGUCGUCCUAGGCAGCAGUGUAUCUUUAGUUGGUCUCAUAUUUGCUUUCAUUACAUACAGCCUGUUUUCUGACUUGAGAACGAUGUCAGGCACAGCUUUGAUGUACAUGUUGGCUAAUAUGUUCUUGACUCAACUUUUUUACGUAGUUGGUGUUGGUGGUGUUCAGGAAGAUAACCUUUGCUUGUGCUUAGCUUUUGGGAUUCACUAUCUUCGUUUAGCCAUCAUCAGUUGGCUGUGUGUAAUGACGUAUGAUAUGUUAAUCACUUUCCGAAACAAUGUAAAUCUUAAUCCGCGACCAGAGCCAGUGAACGUGCUUAUUUCCAGAUUCGUACAAUACAGUCUGUUUGCUUGGGGCAUGCCAUCCUUAUCUGUAAUAAUAGCUAGUAUUAUGAGAGUUAUGGCUAGUCAUCAAGUAGUAGACAACCUAAAUCCAUAUAACUGUUGGUUCUUUGAAAAAACUAUAUACAAUGUAACAUUUGUAGGACCAGCGCUAUGUUGUUUCCUCAUUAUAAUGGUAACAUUGAUCCGUAGUUGGCUUACUAUCAGAGCCACUGUUGGCUUACAAGUAAAUAAAAAAUCACGAUUAAAGAUGCAUAAAAAACGUAUGUUGCAAUUACAUUUAUAUGUCAAAAUUGCCACUUUGCUAUUUGCUAUCAAUGUAUUUGGAAGUGCGGCAAGGAAUAAAUCACCCGACACUGAUUCAAUCGCUUGGAUAGCUUACAACGUUGGACAUUCGUUGCAAGGUAUUCUAGUCGCUUUGGCUGUCACAUGCAACUGUCAAGUGCUCAAAAUAUACACUAAGUCAUUUGCUAAAAAACGGUGGCGUCGAUGGACAAGAAAUGGCAGUGAAGUUGCUUUAUUCGACAAACGAGAUAACGAUAUUAGUGACACUACUUAUCUACAAAAUCUAACUUGGGAACCGGUCCCAUUACCCGUUUAAAAUAAAUUCAAAGUAAAUGUUUUGAGAUUUUUACAUAAAAUGACGAAUUGUGGAUAGGAAAUGAUUGGUACAGCCUUUCAAAAAUGGAUUUUACGAUAAAUGUGAAAAACUAUGUGUUUAAAGGAACAAAAUUAUUAUAGAUCUUUAUUAAUACUAAUAUAAGCACUGGUGGAAUAAAGGGGUGGGGGGUUUAGAUCCCUUAAAAUAAAUAAAGUUAUAUGUAUUGUUAUAUAAAAACAUACUUUAAGGCGGGGGAAAAUAUAUCAUUAGCCCCCAAUUUUUUAUCUACCUCCGCCUAUGAAACAAAUAAUAAUUGAUUUAGUAAUGUAACAAUCACAUUAUUAGUACAAAAACUUGUACUUGAAAUAAAUAUGUAUCUAGGUAUUUGUAAAAAUUAAUUCUAUGAAAAGUUUUGUACUUGUUUCUAUUGUAUAUAUAAGUUAUAAAAAAAGUUCUUUAUUUUGAAAAAUAACUAACUUCAACUUACUAAAUUUAAUACCUUUAAGUCGAUAAUAAAAAGUU